UGUCUUCUGUGUUCACGCACGCCAGUACAUUUCCUCAUUUACACGCUGACAUUCACCCUUACCUAAUAUCUUAAACACUGUCUCAUCAAAAUUAUUUGUUAUGCAAGGAUUUACCUAUGAACGCAUCUAAUAAUCGAGACUUCCGAUCUUAAACUUUGUUUGAAAGUAGAGGUGGUAGCUUGCUGUAAAGACAAUGACGUCACUGCUUACACGACAUUGGACAAGUAUAAUCAGAGAUCACAUCUCAACAUUCCAGAGCAACAUGGUACAUUGUCCAUUGAACUGCUCUGGCCAUGGAAUCUGUAACGAUGGCAAAUGCCUUUGUUUGGUACAAUUCCGUGGAGGUUCCUGUAGAGAAAACAACAAAGACUACUAUUUGGCAUUUGGUUCCAUCUUCGUUGUUUUGGCUUUUGUUUGUUUGGUACAACUAUGUAUCUGUAUUUGGUCCCAGUACAUCCGAGAACAGAAGCAGUCCUUGUGGAGUGCUUUUAAGAUCACAACCCAAAAGAUGUUGUACGCCCUCACACUGUGUGCCACAGCCAUCAGAGCCAUCUACUUCUUUACAAAGUUCCAGCUCCAGCUUCCAGACCAGAUGUUUUCAAACCUGUGGUGCGCCUAUUACCCUUUACUUCUCACUGGUUUCACACUCAUCGUGUGUUACUGGGCCGAGGCUUUCCAUUUGAACAACCUUCCUGUGGAACAACCCCGGUUCCUGAGUAAAUCCUUCGUUGGGUUCAUAGUCUUCAAUGUCUUCAUAUACAUGCUGUUUGGCGCUCGGUUCUUCCUCACCGAUAUCAUCAAUAACCAGAAGCAAGCAGACAUGAUUAACAAGAUCUUUGACGCGUUUUUUGCAUUCCUCAUGUUUUUGGUGGUCAUCUUCUUCCUCAUCUAUGGUGUUGAGGUAUACUUCAAGGUGAGAGGAGCAUUUGCUCAAUCUGAGAGUAAUGUUAAUCAGCGCCAACUCCAUAUGUCAAGACUGGGAUUGGUUAUUCAGGCCCUUUUACAACUCAUAACAGCUUUGUUCCUUUUGUCUGAUGUCCUUAAGGAAUUCUGGAGAGAUAAACUUCCUGUUCUUAGCCAAAAUGUUUUUGAUAUUGGAUUUCGAAUCAUCGAGUUUGGAGUUUCCCUUUGGUUUCCGUGUGUCCUCUGGAACUGUAGUAGUCCUGAAGAAUUAUGGGUUUUAAAUCCAAAAAAGAUUUUCCUUUCAUUUGACCGCGGUAAAAGUUUGAGAACCAGCUUAAACAUUGCUACCAAACAACAGGAAGGCACAGAAGCCUCCAAGAACAAUUCUGUAGUUGAUGAUCAGAACCUCUUGUGUUGGAUAUGUUAUGACCCAGAGAAUGUCAGCUGUGGACCUCUCAUUCAAGCCUGCAAAUGUAAAGGGGACAUGUCUGCUGUGCACCAUGACUGUCUACGACAAUGGUUAGUUGAGAGUGAAUCAACCGCAGCAAAUGCCACUUGCAGAGUUUGUUUGGAAAAGUAUUCCCUUCAAGAAAGCCAUUAUUGGUUGCCAAAAGGUACAAAAAUCAAACAUUGGAUUCAAGUGUCCUUUGUUUUGACUGCAAUGGUGGCUUGUCCAUUUGGAACGUACGCAAUCUCUCGCAAGAUUCUGCCAACUUACGUACAAGCAUUAGUUAUUGGAUUCACAGCAAUAUUUGAAAUAAUUAGCAUGAAGAUUCUUGCAGUGAAUGCUGUUAGUAUGUACAAACGAGGGAGACUUUCAUCUGUCAACAUAAUUGGUAAACACAUACCGCCACCAGCAAUUGCUUCAACGAGUACACAGAAUGUCGGUGCUAGUGUGUCCACAAUUAAUAACCAGUCUGUUACCGUCUCCAUUUGAACCAGGUUCUCUGAUAAUUAAAACAAGAUAACUGAAGAAUAAUCCAAGACUUGUACUAAACAUGAAGGAGUAAAUGGUAGAAAAAUCUGCUAAAAAAAUUCUGGAUUUAGGCAAUUUGUUCAUUCUUUUGUAUUUUAACAAUUAUACAGAUACUUUCGAAAUGAGCCUGGCAGAAAGUAUCUCAAGACAUUUCGGUGCUUUUUUAAAAAUCUUUUAUACAAUGUUCCUAAAAAUACCAAAAAAAAAAAGAAAAAAAUUUACAAUUCCUUUUCCAAAUGGUAUAAAACUACUCCGAGAGUCGGAGACUAAAUUAAACAGAAUCCUGCACACAAAAAUGUUGCUACUGCCAUAUCAACUAGAGUACAAAUUCAGCUUCAAAUUGUGCUUGACACCCAUGUUUUUGGGGUAAAAAAUAAAAAU